AUGCGGACUCCACCAUUACCUUCGCCUGUUGAGCCUUUCGCUUCUAUAACAUCUCCUGGCCUGCACCAUCACCACCGUCGUCUCUCCUGCCCUCAACAAGAUCAUCAGCAACUCCAGCAGGACUACCAGCAGAGCCAAACAUCACCAAUUCUCGUCUCUGACCUAACGCAAUCAGUACCGCGUCGUGAUACCAACAACACUCCCAGACCCUUCUCGCGCCCUUCGGAGUUUGCUACCUGCGGAAACAACAACGAUGCGGCGCCUCCUGCUAGCCUACCAGAUCUCAACCUGACCGACACUGGGCUUGAUCAAUCGUCUCAGAGUAAGAAUCUGGGCGGUUCUGUCUUAGACGAGUUGCGGAAACGCAUGGGUGAAACCAUCAUGAGCCAACAGCAGUAUCACCAACAGCAAAAGCAGCAGCAGCAGCACUACUACUACACACAAGAGUCUGUCUCUACCGACUCUGGAUUCACCGACUCGGAUACCAACAUGACUCCAAAUACCUCCGACGAAAAGGUUACUCAGUUAACUCAGCCGUCCGUUACAAGAUCCCCGACAUCUUCGCGAUCAACACGACCACCAAGCCUGCCACAACGGUCGUUAGUCACCACCCUUCCAUCACCGUUCGACACACAUUCAAGCAGAGCCAUUGGCGAAGGAAAUGCUCAUUUAUCAUCAUCGGUCUUGAAUGCCAAUUCAAAUGCCAAUGCGACAGCGAAUGGAUUGGGAUUCCACAGCCAGCCUCAUCCGCCAUACCUACAUUCUCCUCAAAAAACAAGAACGAAACGACGAUCUCUUAGGCACCCGUACACGGCCGAUACCCUGAAGAGGAUGAACGAGAUGCCAGCAUCCUCUAUAACGGCUGCCGCAGCGGACUUCUUGCCUCCUGGGACCCCAGCAAUCACUGGCAAUUCCCCUUAUCCUACUCCCAACCUCUAUGAUAUCACUCUUGCUCUUAACGCCGACCCUGGCCUUGACGGAUGGUGGUCCAAUGUAGUUCCCAUCCUAAAAACUCACUACGGCGCUGAAAGGCUUACUCUCGCGGUUCCUGGCGAUGCAACCGAUCUGGAAAACGUCCCGUGGCAGCAGAAGGCUACAUAUAGUACAUAUGGUAACGAAUCUGUUCUCGUUUCAUCGCUCCCAACCAGCAAGGUGGAAUGUGAAAAGUCCUCCAAAGGCCGCUUCAGCGACACUACCAAGGAGGACGGCAACACAUUCAAGUAUACCAAGUCCGUUACUGGCAGUCGACGUCCGAAAUUGAUGGGCCGUCAUUCAUUUGCUGGUCACGCAUCCUAUUCAGAGAAAUGGAACGAGGAUGCACCUGGAACCCCUACGUCUUUAAAGGGCCGCCAUUCGCGGCGAAAAAGUUCGAGCGGAGAAUUUAGGAAACCGCGCAAGCACAUGCGUGAGGAUGAGAUCAUGGCCGAUGUAUGCGAUUACACUGUUCCAUCGAGUGGGACCUGUCAGCCUCGGGACCAGGCCCGUCGACCUAGCGGCGGCGAGUUGCCAGGACCCGCGUUUGGACCUGGGUCAGGCCCUACUUCGGGACCACCGAGCCCAACUGCAGUCGUUUUCCCUGUCCCUCGAGCCCUUGAAGUCGAACCUGAACCGUUGAUUAAGCGGACAGGCGUGGUGAAGCUUUUUGGCCGCACAACACCUGUUGCGCUUACGAGGGAGUACGCUGAUGACCCUAUGCAAGAUAAUUUGCCUGACAUGGCAAUUCACAAACAUAAGGAUAUCCUCCAGCGUACCCCACGCUCAGAGACACCAGGGGCACCGCUGAAAACAUCCAUGAUCUCCCACCGCUCGACUCCGCUCUCACUUAGUCUAGUGUCUGCCCAAGAACGCAGGGGUAUCCCGAAGUCCACUCUAAUGGAUCACCGGUACCAGAUCCCAUUUGACCCUUCACCACCAGCACAAAAAUAUGAGGAGUAUGAGCAAACUCCUCCUUCUCCUUGGUCGCAGUCGCCCGCUCCGUCACCAGCCCCCCUCUUAAAACCCGAUAUCAACCCGUUCUUUGUCGAAACAUAUAAUGAAGUGAAUGAAGAUGCAUUCGCCUCAAGCCCACCACCGCACGAUUAUUCCGAAACAGCGCCCUUGGAAGCCAUAGGAAUAGAUCGUGCAAAGACUGUCAUCCAUAUCCCUCUUAUUCAUUCAGCAUCGUCGCGACAAGGAAGGUCGGAUACACUCCGUUUCCCAGUUGCUAUUAUUUCCUUCUUAGCGCCCAUAAUUCCAUAUCCAGCUAAUCUUCGGAACUCCCUGACCCUAUUACUUCCCCAUCUUACGACAUCCUUUUGCCUUGCUCAGCAAUAUAGUCAGCUGGAGAAACAAAAUGCCAGCCCUACCGUUGAGCGAUAUGGCCACCUUUUGGGCCUUGGUGGUACGUUCUCAGACGCCAACAGCGAACUCGAACUCAUCAAUGGCCUAACAGGACAUGUAAACUAUGCAAGUCCUUUAACUCAGUUGGGAGGUGACGCGGCGGGUGAAGGAUAUUUCAGAGCCAAGAACUCACCAACCAUGGAGAAUAAUGCGGCCGCAACGUCGGCAAUGUCCAACCACAGCGUUCAGGGAACCCCAAACGAAGGGCUGGCCAUUGUCAUACCAUUGUCACAGCAGAAAGCUGCAUACGAUGAAUUAACUUCCCGAGACCCAGGAUUGGUGCAUACUCCCUCGAUUACCGAAGCUCCGUCAAAAGCAAAUCAGAAUACCCCACAGAUGCUUGCAGACUUCUCACGUCAUUCGUCAACAGGCUCCUUCACCGCUCAAUGGCACCGUGAGGCGACUUCUCGUCCCUUUCCAGACACAGUUGCGCAGCUUAUGCUCAACUCGAUACCUUUACAUCUAUUUCUGGCGAAGCCACACACUGGCGAAGUCAUCUGGACCAAUGCGAAGUUCGAUGCGUAUCGGCGUAGCCAGCCUAUGGAACCCCGUGUUCGUGACCCAUGGCAGAACGUUCAUUCCAGCGAGUAUGAAAAGGUAUUGAAGCAAUGGACUAGAGCAUUACGUACUGGAUCGCAGUUUACUGAGCGCGUGCGAGUGAAACGGUUCAACGAUGAAUCUGAAUAUCGUUGGUUUAUUUUCCGCGCCAACCCACUGAUUUCAGGAACGGACGUUCAUGAGCAACAUGUUGCCGAACGCAAAGCAGCACAGGAACGAGAAAUGUUUGCGACAGAUGUCAAGUACAGAGCUCUCGCUAAUUCGAUUCCUCAGGUUGUCUUUGAAGCUGCAGAGUAUAGUGGGUUGAUCUCCGUAAAUGAGCAGUGGGAGCUGUAUACCGGCCAGUCUCUUGAUGAAGCAAUGACUUUAGGAUUUGCGAAGUACAUUCAUCGCGAUGAUCUGGAGAAAUGUGGUAUCCUAUCACCUCCACAGGUUAUUCCAGAAUCAAACGAUAUACCGGAAUUCGCACGUAUUAUGUCAAAUGGAAACCUGACUGAAACACUGAAGGAGGCUGAAAGGUGUCGAAAGAAUUCAUCGCAGUCAUCACCGUCUCCGUCUUCACAGCAAUAUGAUAACUCGCUCAGGGUAUUUGGUAAAGGAGUCACGCCUGCACUACAGGAACUUGUUAAGCGGGAUAUCGUUACAAUUCAACGUGAUGAGAACGGCCGAGAUUCAUAUACUACUGAAAUCAGGCUUAGGUCCCGAAAGGGAGAUUUCCGAUGGCACCUUGUUCGUUUGGUGAAAGUUGAGACACCUGACUUCGGCAGCGGCGAGGCAUCGUGGUAUGGCACAUGUACGGACAUUAACGACCGGAAGAUAUUGGAGCGUGAGCUCAAUACUGCUCUGCAAAAGUUGAACAGGGAGAUGGAGUCUAAAACGAAAUUUUUCAGCAACAUGUCUCACGAGAUUAGGACGCCGCUUAAUGGAAUUCUAGGUACCAUUCCGUUCGUACUUGACACACUACUUGACAACGACCAGCGACGGAUGUUGGAUACGAUUCAGAACAGUUCGACGAAUCUGCGUGAAUUGGUAGAUAAUAUCCUUGACGUAUCGAAGGUAGAAGCUGGAAAGAUGAAUAUUGUUAGGCAGUGGUUCCACGUACGAACUGUACUGGAAGAUGUCAUCGACACCAUUGGUUCCAGGGCAAUUGAUAAAGGGCUGGAGUUGAAUUAUCUUGUCGACACUGAUGUCCCUUCGACAAUACUAGGCGAUCGGUUCCGUAUCCGCCAGAUCCUCAUCAACCUAAUGGGUAAUGCAGUCAAAUUUACCUCCCAAGGCGAAAUUUGUACCCGUUGCUCAAUCCAUGUCGAUCCUAAUGUUAAAACGAAACCGUCUGAAAUUCUGCUCAAUUUUGAAGUUGUGGAUACCGGCAAAGGGUUCAGUUCGACGGACGCGGAACGCCUGAUGCAACGGUUUAGCCAGAUCGAAAGUAAUGGGUCACAACAACACGCAGGUAGUGGAUUGGGUCUCUUCCUGUCAAAGCAGCUAGUAGAAAUGCACGGAGGCCAGCUGACGCCUACCAGCAAAGAAGGGCGAGGGGCCAAAUUCUCGUUUUAUGUGAUGGCUGGGGCGCCGCCGCCGCAAUCUACUUUAGCUACAGACGGGCCCCCAACGCAGGGCCAGGUAGUUGAGAUCCCGGAAGAUGACAAGCUGUCGCGACCACCUACAGCACCUGUAGAUACGGGCGAAGAAAAACAACUUCCUAUCGCAAAACCGAAAUUUGAAUACUACACUUCCACUGCGGCGCCACCAACAGUAUAUUCGUCAAUGAGAACAGUUGAACCCCUCAACAUGGACAAGGCGUACAAUACUGUGAUAAUCUGUCCGUUCGAUUAUGCUCGAGAAGCGAUCAAGCAGCAUAUCGAACAAGUUGUGCCCCAUGGUGUACAGUCUAAGACGACCUGUAUCCUCGACAUUGACGACUGGAAAGAACUACGAGCCAACAACACCGACCCUCUGACACACCUGGUCCUCGGCCUACCAGACGCCAAUGAAGUGGCUGAGAUAAUGGCCACCCUUCUUCAACCUAAUCCCGACGGCUCGCCAACCCCGACGCUUGUGGUCAUAGCAGACAUUUACCUCAAACGUAACGUCACGACAGUGUACAAAGAACUCCUAGCAGCCGGAAAAAGCGUGUUUAUUGUCCCCAAGCCUGUCAAGCCGAGUGCAUUUUCGUUGAUAUUCGAUCCCAAGAGCGAACGUGAACUGAGCAAGGACCGAAACCAAGACAUGGCACGUGAGGUUAACAAUAGCUUCAAGAAUAUGUCCAAGAUCGUCAAGGAGGUCAUUGGCAACAAAGGCUAUAGAGUCUUGCUCGUUGAAGAUGACGAGACGAAUCGAACGGUCAUGCUGAAAUACCUCGACAAAGUCAAGCUUGUCUCUGAGACGGCCGGGAAUGGUCAAGAGUGCGUCGACAUGGUCUUCUCCAAAGAUCCAGGCUAUUACUCGUUGAUAAUAUGCGAUAUCCAAAUGCCCGUUAAAAACGGGUAUGAGACUUGCAAGGAGAUCCGAAAGUGGGAACACCGCAACCACUUCCCACAGAUCCCAAUCAUGGCGCUCUCCGCCAAUGCGAUGAUAGACCAGAUCGACGAUGCUGCCCAUGCCGGGUUCAACGACUACGUCACCAAGCCGAUCAAGCAUAACGAGCUGGGCAAGAUGAUGAUGGAGCUGUUGGACCCUAGCGCUCCUCGUGUCCUGCUAAAGGACCGCAAAUCGUAA